GCAAUCCGUCUAUUCAUAAUCGUACUACUGAAAUUUUACAAAAUUGAAACCGUGCCACUGCCGUUACAUUUUUCAUCCAUCUCCUUAUCUGCACGUGGGACCCACAUGUCAAAUUCAUCUUCUUCCUGCAUCCCCCAGUCCUCCCCCCCUCCGCGGCGGUAACCGGCGGCGACGGUGGAGGAGAAGCAGCGACGGGGUGGCAGGAGCAGAACCCUCGACCGACGUGCGGACCGGUUCAGGGCGCUUGCUUUGACGGGCACCGGAGGUGUCCCUCCCCUCUCGCGCGCACUGCCAACCUCCCUCGGCGAUGACGUCUUCUUGUCACCGUUGCCCGCUAUGGGCAUCUCCUUGCCAGUGAGCACUUCACGCCGAUUGCUCUCCCUCACAUCCUUGCUCGCCAUUCGGUCGCCUCCUCAUCGCCGCCGCUUCUUGCUCCACCGUCGUCGCUGUCGCCGCUUGCUCCACCACUGACGCUGCCACGUGCAUGACGAGAGCCCCAGCGCUGGCGCUGUCGAAGCUCGCACCGUCCAUGGAUGGAUGGGAAGAGAGGAGGAAGAAAACGGAGAUAUAAGAAGAUGGAUGGAGAACGUGACGACAGUCGCACAGUUCUAAUUUUAUAAAUUGCAAUGGCAUAGCUACAAAUAGACGAAUUAUAAUGACAUUUUUCUGAAAUGACAUAUUUGUAAUGGCAUAAUCGAAUUAAUCCUAAAAGUUAUCUACUGAAACUUAGCAUGUGCCAGCCCAUUAUCUCCCCUGUAGCUACGGUUAUGAACCGUUGUGGAGCCUCAUCGGUUGGCAUAGUAAGCUAAAGCAAAAGCUAAAAUUUAAAUUUUCAAACUUAAAUUUAAAGUUGAUUUUAACAUAUUUUCAAUGUAAUUUUUCUAGCAUUGGCUUUUAAAUCACUACGAACAAAUAUAUAAAAUUUUUAUCUACAAAUUAACUUUUAUUCCCUAAUAAGCCGUUUUGACUUAUAAGGAAAUAUGGACGACCAACGAGCCUCGCGCUUAUUAGCUACCAAAGUAAUUUAUAGACAAAGAUUUUAAGGUGUUCUUAAUAACUCAAAAGUUUAUGCUAGAAAAUAAACUAUGAUUAGAAAAUCAAAAUAACUUUUUUUUUCUGCAGCUAAUAAGCUCAAGAUUAAACAAUGAGACUAGAUACCAAAAAUUUUAGGAAGGUAUUCAAGUAAAAAAAGAGCGAAUGAAGAGAAAAAAAGUCAUGUUUGUUUGGGUAUUUCAUAUUUACAUAUCAUUCUCAAUAUACAAAAUAUAUUUAAAAAGUAUUUCAUUUCCUACACAAUCAAAAAGCAAGCCUUGGAUUAAACCACUGUGGUAGGGUAAAAGUGUCAAAACAAAUAGGAAUCCGGAAGGUUCUUCCACUGACCAACUCGAGAGGGGGAUAAAAAUGUGAAAAAUGGCAAAAAACAAACCAGGCCCCUUCACCUUCAGUGUCUAGCUAGCAUCGGAGUUCCUUUGCUCCAAACCCUUGCUACACCACCGUGUUGCCCGGAGCAGAAGAGGCCGCCGCCGCGUAGCUCGCCGCCGGCGAAGGCUCUUGUUUGCACGAUGGAGGCGGUGCCAAGCCCCUUACCUGAUACUGAUAGCGAUAGGGAUUGGUCUGAGCUCCCAGUGGAUGCACUUUCUGCAAUCUUCACGAAACUUGGGACUGUUGAGAUCCUAAUGGGUGCAAGCUUUGUGUGCCACUCUUGGUUGGCAGCUUCAAAGUCACCUGAACUGUGGCGGUUCGUGGACAUGACACGCCACAAGGUGAUUUUCUCAAAGAGAACUGGCAUACUGUGCGCGAUGGCAAAAGCAGCGAUAGAUCGCUCCGAUGGACAGAUUGAGUCAUUCUGGGCCCAGAAGUUUGUCACUGGUGAACUCUUGGAUUAUAUUGUGAGAAGGGCCAGUACAUUGAAGAGCAUUCGACUCGUUGCAUGCACAUUUAUUCAGUGGCAAUCAUUGGCUAUGCUUGCUGCUAAGUGUCCACUUCUAGAGGAGAUAGAGUGCUCAUAUCAUAAAAUGCCAGCAGAUUUUUUCAAAUGUGUUGGCAGAGUUCGCCCAAAUCUGAAGCGCCUAAGAGUCCAUAUGCACUAUUUUGAUCAGGAUGAGCUGGAGAAUGAGUUGAUUAAGCAUGUCCUUGAGGAGGGUGGUGAGGUAUUCGAGGAACCUUUCGAGCAGAGGGAGGCAAGGCGGAAUGCGGAUGCCUUCGCGAUAGCAGAAAACAUGCAUGAGUUACGGCUUCUGCAGAUUGCAGGUCAUAACCUGACCGAGAUAGGGGUGCGCGCCAUCCUUGAUGGCUGCCCCCACCUCGAGUGCCUCGACCUUUCUAGCUGCCACGACAUCUACGUCGAUGGUCAGCUCCAAGCUCGCUUCGCGAUGAUCAGACAUGUCAGGUUGCCAGGUCUCAUGAUGGUGACUGCCCAGAUCUCCGUGCCAUCGGUGAGAGGGUCACUAUGGCUGAUCUUUUCAGAGGUCUCGCUCGCUCUCUGCUUGAGAAGAUGGAGAUGGGGGAUGGUACCUAUGGCGAUGACUAAGUCCCUUCGUCCCCUGACCCCCGUGUCGACUUGAAGAACCUAGCCUGAUGACCCCAAUAUUUUCCGUAUUUUUCAGUGUCUACCAUGGUCCAUGGUUACUACUUCCUCCGUUUCACAAUGUAAAUCAUCCUAGCAUUUCCCACAUUCAUAUUGAUGUUAAUGAAUCUAUCUAGGAAAUGCUAGGAUGAUUUACAUUGUGAAAGUCUAGAUUCAUUAACAUCAAUAUGAAUGUGGGAAAUGCUAGGAUGAUUUACAUUGUGAAACGGAGGGAGUAAUAGCUAUGAUCUUCCCAGCGUACGUGCUGUUUAACCAACGUAGGGUGUGUCACCUGCAGUAUUUGUUAUCAGUACCUUAUUAGUGUUUUGGGAGGUUAGAAUGGUGGCGAUAUACACCCUGUUUACCUGUAGUAGUAGGCCUUUUGGUUUGCUGGCAAAGGGUAUGCUGCUUCUAUGACCUUAUGAACUGUGUGCUUUAUUAGCUUAAGCUUACUAUUAUGUAGUAGUUGGACAAGUCUCUACCUGCAUCUGUUAGACUGUUAGCUGGAGAUGUGUAUGCAAGCAAUAUAAUGGCUAUGUUAGUGUAUUGUGAGCUGUGCUCAUCUCAUUAGCAUCAUAUUCUCAACAA